AUGGAAAAUGUUCCCUCUAAUGGUCAAAACGAAACUCCCAUUCCCAGUCCCAACCAAGUUUCACCACCACCACCAUCUUCAUCUUUGCACUUGACAAGAGAUCAAGAACAUGAAAUCAUGGUCUCUACUUUACGACAAGUGAUAUCCAACUCCGGAGGUGACACGUCAUCAUCAAACUUGAUCUCCGCCGAAGCUCUUCCGGCUCCGGACGCUGGCCCUUGUCCUCUCUGCAGCGUCACCGGUUGCUACGGCUGCGCAUUCUCACGGCCACACGAAGAGGUGAUAAAGAAGGAGAAGAAAUACAAAGGAGUGAGGAAGAAACCAUCGGGUAAAUGGGCGGCGGAGAUAUGGGAUCCGAGUUUGAGAGGAAGGAGGUGGCUUGGAACAUUUCCGACGGCGGAGAUGGCGGCGCGUUCUUACGACGAUGCGGCGGCUGAGAUUGUCGGGAAAAUGGCAGCGAGACGUGGCACAGAGAACGGAGAAGGAAUUAAGCGGCGACGGAGAUGA